CAGAGCAAAAUCUCUGACACCAAAGUUUUCAGAUUUUCCUCUUUUUUUUGUGGCUGUGAAGGUUUGAAAGUCUUAUCAUUCACAGAGAGACAAGAGGCAAAACUGAGAGAAGAAGCUUCGAUGUCUGUAGUAGCAACUAAUAUGAACACGAUCAAUCACUUGUCCUCCACAACCUGUAAACUCCCAAAUCUCCUCCAAUCACCCAUUCGCUUCGAUCAUAAACCCUUUUCAUAUUCUCUCAUUCCUCUGCUUCCAAAAACCCUAAAUGGCUUCUCUUACUCUUCCUCCGUUAGUCGCAGAUCCAGAUUCAUUAUUCCUAAGCGGCAACGACUCUCUGUUUCAGUGGAGUGGCAAGACUGCUCAGUGAAGAUGGAAGUAGAUGUUCCUGUAUCCGUAGCGUAUAAUUUCUACUUGGAUCGUGAAUCUUUUCCUAAAUGGAUGCCUUUUAUUUCAUCCGUAGAGGUGUUAAAAGACAAGCCUGACCUUUCACGUUGGUCACUCAAGUACAAUGCUUUUGGUCAAGACAUUAAGUAUUCUUGGCUUGCUCGGAAUCUACAGCCUACUCCUAAUCAGAAGAUUCAUUGGAGAUCUCUUGAAGGUCUUCCUAAUAAAGGCAGUGUUCGAUUCUUCCCUAAAGGUCCUUCAUCAUGCAUCGUAGAACUAACUGUAUCAUAUGAAGUCCCUGCGCUAUUAACCCCCGUGGCAUCAGCGCUACGGCCUUUUUUAGAAAGAUUGCUUAGAGGUGGACUUGAAAGAUUUGCAACCAUGGCCAAAACCACUUAAAAAAAGGAAUCUCUAUGCAUCUUUCUCCUGGUCACCAAGAAAAAAGAGAAACUCCAAAAAAAUCAAACCAUAUACGUAUAUUGGCUUUGAUUGAGUAAAACAGAACAAAAAAGAACAAACAAGAAACAAAGUCACGGGCAAAGAGAGCUUUUCUCGUUACAAAUUUCAGCUUACUUGUCUAAACACGACAACCCACUUUGCGUGGAGUGUAAUAACAUUAAAGACAAUGGUCCUUGACAAGUCUCUGUUACUCAUUUGUCUCUUUGGAAAAACAAAAUUAUCUCUUAAAUCUAUGAAUACUCAUUAUUGAUUAA